AAGCCACCGUUAGUUCGAAUAGCACGGCGCAGACGCUGCGUCGAGAGUUUCGAUACUUCGAUAAUCGUAACCGUUGCGAGGCUCACGUCAGUGCGAGGCGAAUGGCGACGCGGUAGUUCGUAUUUGAGAAGCCGUCUCGUCUCAACUACGAUUUCGAUCUGUCGUAGACCGUUUUCGUGCGGGAAUCGUCGCCACCGGGAAUGCCGAGAGGGCAUAUCGCGCGUGUGCCGUGAUAAUCUAUCGUCAAAUAACCGCCGAGAGCGAAUAUCUGAGCAGAACGGGUCAUCAGAAGUACUGACUGUAACGACUCGCGUUCGUCCGUUAUGGCGAUAAGAAAUUUAAAUCGCAGCAUCCAGACUCCCGACUCACACCGAAGGAGUCUCGCGUCCGAAUUACCGCCGGGAGUGCCGAAAACAAGCUUUGCGCGUUGAUUCUGCCGAGAUACCGUCAAACAAUUGCCGAAAGAGCAAACGUCUCGCGAAACGUCGGUUCGUCGCGAGCGUCGUAUGAAAUUUCGGGCAUCUGUUGCAUCAUGGCGGAUCGAGUAAAAUUUGCAACAGAAAAUCGGCUAACCUUCGAAUCGGACGUUUCACUCUCCCGAUCCACCGGCAAAGAGUUUCUCGCUUUCGUGCUGGUGAAAACCCCACCGGAAGAGAAUAUCGUCAAGUGUCGAGCAUUUGUUGGGUUACGUCAAAGCGGACUUCCACUUAAAGGAGAGACUGGUUCCUUACGAGGGGUUUAUCCCAGCGUCGUCGUCGUCGUCGUCGACGUCGGAGUGCCGCCUCUGCCGCGCUCCUCGAGGUAUCGAACGUGAACAGCGCGGCGCUGCCUGCUGCGCCGGGUAUAUAAAUGCGCGGCGCCGGCGGGCGCGCUCAGUAUGUGUCAUGCAUUGCGAGUGCAAGCGUCGUCUGUGAUGGCGGCCCGAGUGCGGUUGAAGAUGCCGCGCCGCCGCUGCUGCAGCACCACCGGCGUGUCGUCGCUCGCCGUUCUGCUCGCGAUGUGCGCUGUGAACCUCGUGAAUGGGAUGUUCGAGCACCGCCACUGCGACCACCAGCAUCCGCGGGCGCACGAGAUAAUCCACGGUGUGCACAUCGAGCCGGCGCACGAAGUGAAGAAACGUAGCAUCAGUCAGCCAGUCCGCAUUCUGCUUUCCUACGACGAGAGCGUCUUCAGGUUGGACGACGAGAAGCUGGAUCUUAUUAACAACACCAUUCUGCCCGAGGCAGUGCAUUUCUGGGAACGAGCGUUGAUGGUGCGGGAGACGAAGAGCACCAUUAGACUGAAUAGGAAAUGCGAGAGCAGUCAGGUUUUCGUCAAGGACCACCAUACGCACUGUAUAGACACCUGCCGUCCCGUUACUAUGUGCGGCGAGGUAGUCGUCCCGGAGGACCAUCUCGACGUUUGCAGAACGUGCAACGCGACGGGGCACAAUUGCGGGGUAGCUGCAGGUAGCAAGGCGGGUCCGGGCAUCGACGGUGCCGACUUCGUCUUCUACGUGUCCGCCAUGCAGACCGAGAGGUGUCACAAAGGUUUAACGGUGGCCUACGCCGCUCAUUGCCAACAAGAAGCUGCCUUGGAUCGGCCGAUAGCCGGCCACGCCAACCUAUGCCCGGGGAGCAUCAGCACGAAACCGCAGGAGUUGGAAACGCUGCUCAGCACCGUUAAGCACGAGAUCCUGCACGCCUUAGGAUUUUCCGUCAGCCUCUACGCUUUCUACAGGGACGAGAACGGCGAGCCCAGGACACCGCGGAGAAGCGAUACCGGGAAACCGCCCCUUAAUGAAAAAUUACAAACGCAUCAGUGGAGCGAGAACACGAUCAAAACCGUGGUCCGGCCUCACUGGCAAGUGCACGACGGCUACGUGAAGAGGACGAUGCAAAUGAUAGUCACGCCUCGGGUCCGCGCCGAGGUUCAAGCGCACUUCAAUUGCCCGGAACUGGAGGGCGCGGAACUGGAAGACCAGGGCGAGGACGGCACCGCUCUCACGCACUGGGAGAAGCGCGUGUUCGAGAACGAAGCCAUGACGGGUACGCAUACGCAAAAUCCAGUUUACUCGAGGAUAACGCUCGCCCUCAUGGAGGACACCGGCUGGUAUAGCGCCAACUAUUCGAUGGCGCAGGAGUUGGGAUGGGGGAAGAAUCUCGGCUGCAAUUUCGCCAUGAAAUCCUGCAAGGAGUGGAUAUCCUCCAAAUCAUCGCCUCUAUCUGGAAAGUCGAUACAUCCCUUCUGCAACAAAGUGAAACAGGAUCCGCUGCAGACCGAGUGUACGGACGAUCGGAGCUCGGUCGCUCUGUGUAACCUGGUGAAGCAUCAGCAACCGUUGCCCAAGAAAUACCAGAACUUCGACUCGAUUCCCCACGUACCGGAUGGAGAGGAACAAUACUACGGCGGAUCGGUGUCCCUGGCGGAUUACUGCCCGUAUAUACAGGAAUUCACAUGGAGGGCACGAAAUAUAGUGGUCAGAGGAUCCCACUGCCUUUACGAGGAGAAUAAUCCGCAUCCGGACAAGAAUUUCGCGUUAGAGAAAUAUGGCCCGCACUCGAGGUGCUUUGACCACACUAACGACAUGUGGGAGGAGAGAACUUGCAAACAAGCGCGCCAGUGGCAGCAUUGGGGCUCCGGUUGUUACCUGUACAAGUGCGAAGCCGGCAGACUGCACAUUAUGGUCGGCAACUAUACUUACACCUGUUAUCACGCCGGGCAAGAAAUCAUUAUAAGAAUCAUGCAGAACGGAUGGCUGCAUAAAGGUGCCCUGAUCUGUCCCCCUUGCCGAGAUAUCUGUCAGAUGGAGUUCAAAGCGCGGGGCGAAUGGUGCAAGCCAGGGGACGAGCAUCCACCUUCCACGUAUUACCACAAAGACUAUCUCCACUGCGCGUCCCCAGACAGUAUCGGCCUAAGUAUAUCGGCGCUCGUCAUCGCGCUCCUUUCCCCCGUCGUCAGAUGAUACGCCGUUCGCUUUAGUUAAUAUUUUAGCGUAUUGAGUCCCGGGUUUAAAACAACGCUCAUUGACCCACGUACCGUGCGACGAUAACAUUUUUCAGUCCGACAUGAGAAUAGUUUAUUUUCUGCGAUAAGGCGCAACUGUGUACGAAUCUUCUUCUCUUUCCCCCCUCUCUCUCUCUCUCUCACUCUCUUUCUCUCUCUAUCCCCCCCCCUCUCAUUUAUUGUUGAAAAUCUAAUGGAUAUCGACUGAGGUGACAAUCGCAAUUCGAUUUGAUCGUCGAUAUGUGACGAAACGCGCAGCUAAAUGAUUCGAAAGGUUCGACGAUGAAAGAACCGUCAUCAUCGAUAAGCUUCAAUUACGACAUAUUAAGUUUUCACAGGUCGAAAGACCCGUGGUGAUGACAAGGCAUUUCAUUGAGUGCCAAUCUCGUAUUGUAUACGCUUCCUCGAUCGCUUAUCCGUUUACAGCCAACUUGCUGGUAUCGUUGUUGCAUACACGUAGUCGUUGCGAUUAUCUCCUGUGCACGAUUGUCUCCGGUCGUUGCUUCGAGUGCGAGCGAUGUUUGACGAAAAUUGAGGAAUCUCGGUCACUACUCGAUCCAACUGUGAUGAAUCAUUAAUACUCGAUAGGUAGUCAAUCGCCAGCGUAACCCGACUGAUGUAUGUACACACGGACUGCGAGCACGGCUGCCGGGACGAGCACAAUUCCGGAAUUUCACGCGCGGGAACCACGAGGCGUAAGCUAAUUGUGUAAAUUUAAGAGAACGGGAGGGACGUUACGCGUCGUCGGCGAACGGCCACGUCGAUGUAUAUUUUUUCUGGGAUGUACCUAUGCGUUGAAAAGAAAAAGGGGGAAAUAGAAUUGCACAUCGCAAAUGUAUGCAAAUAGCAUGCGGUCGGCAGUCCACGCUACCUACGCGAAACGGUCUGUUAUUUCGUCGGCGACGUGCGGCGUGUUUCUCCCAUACACAACCGUCUCUGGGAAUUAUAUGUUAAUUAGAUGUCACACAAGUAAUGAAGCUUUGAUUUCGACAUCGACACGGCAGAAAAGGAUUUGGAGUUUGCGUUCCCUCGAGAAUUACGGCGCGUAUAAACGUAUGAUACAUUCUCCCCGUCGCGGUCUGUAUUACCGAGAGAGAGAUUCGUGACACAUUCCUGGUGACACGUGAGUGAGGGAGCUCAUGUGUGUUGAAGGCAGGUCAUAUCGAACAAUAUCCGCGCGCGUGUGUGUGUGUGAGGAACCGAAGCGAUUGGGAAGUAUGCCUGUGGUAGAUCCGUUCACCGAAGAUUGUCUGCGAAUCUGGAUGGGUAUCGUGAAUGUAUGCGACAUAGUACAAGUAAGACUUUGUACAUAUAUGUAUACAUAUAUAGCUGAAGGCCAUUGAAAACGCCCCAUCCAGAAGGACGUAUCCGAUUGGGCCCGUCAUUACAGGACGUUUCCGGCCAUUCAUGAAGCCACUUGAACCAUCUCGUAUGAACCCAUAAUUGUUUUGCCGAUGAACUGGGAGACCACCUGGUCUCGAGUCUUCUGUUUUUCCAUUUACCAACUUUCAGCCCAAUCCGAUAUAUCCUUAGGGCGACCUUUCAUUAAUUCCGGUGAAAUUCAACCGACGGUUAACUCAACGGAAUUCGAUAUCAGUUUUAUUGAUCGGUUUAGCAAUUGGCUGGUCGUCGUUUAAUCAGUCAAUUUGGUUAACCGGAGUUGGUGAAAGUGGCCUUUAGUGUGUUAAAAGACAACCGACAUCUAAUAGUGCAACAUACACGCUAUAGUGACUUUUACAUAGCGUAAUAUCGAAGUCUAAGGCCCGUACUGAGUUGUUACUUAAAACUUGCUUCAAGUGAGACACUCAGAUACGAUUUCAGAGUUAGAUCAGAAUUUUUCAGUUAAAUCGCUGUUACGGGUAGAACGUCACGUGCAUUGUGAAAUUUAACUGAAAAACUUAGGUCUGACUCUUCAUUCAGGUCUGAGUAUCUCAUUCGGGACAAGUUCCAAGCAACGACUAUUAAUACGGGCCUAAAUAAUUAGAGUAACACCUUGUUCGACGGGCUCGACAUUGAUGCGACGGGUCAUCGAGGGCCGAGAGCUUCUUGAAUUUUCCGUCACCGAGUCGCAUCCAGUUUCUACUAUUUUCGUGGUUCUUACCCUCGGAUUCACCCUCGGAUCUAAUUCACGUUCGUAACGUAUAACUGCGGCGAAGAUACUCGCGAGAUAUGAUUUUCCGGUGCUUUUUCACGGAUAUAGAUAUAUCGGCGCAAUGUUUGGCGCAAAUUAGUCGUUAAUUGAGAGACAUCACGGAUAAUACACAUUAUCGUAUUGGGGGAAAAAACGGCAAGUGUGAGUACACGGAAUGUACACGUACUAAAGUCUGUAUAUUAAUCACGAUAAGAUAUGCCGCUGUUUUCUUCUUCUCAUUCUCCAUAUUUCCGUGUUAUUCAAUCUCGGUUAGCUCGAAACUCGAUUCGGGCGCAACAGCGGAGCGUUCACCUUGUCAUUCGCGAGACGGAGAGGUUUUGAUAUCGAAGCAUUCUUUGUCGCAUUCCAGGAGAGAACGCGCGAAUUUAUCAUUUACCCGAACUUUUAUAACACAGGUGUCUCGGCAUGUUCGGGGGAUUUUAGCACAUAAUUACGAGAGAGCGCGUUUGAUCUAAUUUUGUACAGAGAGAGAUCGUUGAGAUUCAACACGUAUCUCGCGUAUUCUGUAAAAUAUUUGAAGAUAUCACGGUAUCGUAUCGAAUAACGAGAUGCACAUUCGAGAAGAUUUCUCGUGGAAUCUCCGCGAUGUCGUUGUCGCGCGACGGAUUUUAAUUGGUUUGACGCGCACCAUCCGAGCGAUGUUGAUAACUGACUCAGGGCGCGUCGAGUAUCAGAAAGCGAGUGCGGCAGGUUUAAAUGCGUUUCUACAAGGCCCAACUAAGAGGAUAGAUACGAAAGAUAUAUAUAUAUAUAUAUAUAUAUAUAUAUAUAUAUAUGUAUGUACUUGUGUAAGGGUGUGCGCGGCGCUAUCGAAAUACGUAUAUCAUAGAUUUUAUUCGGAGGGACGCCGUUACGCUACGAGACUUCCUCACGAGAGAACGGUUGUACACAAACUCGAGCGAAAUUGUUGAAACAACGUACGUUUUGACUCGUUGAUUUGUUAUUUUGUUUUCGAUCUCUGUCGUAACUGUCCACUUCGUCGGCUACGACUGCUACGAAAGGCGCUUCGCGACAAGUAAAAUUGCAAAAGGUUCCAAUCAGUAGCGCAUUGUAAUCGGUUGCGCGGCUCCGGAGACUCGGGAACGGAUUCCCCGGUUUCAUUCGGUCGAUGCGAGCCUGAGGCGUAUGAUAUUUACGAAUGGUUAUAAAUAUAAUUUCCGUAGGAUAUGUAACGCUUCUGAUGAAUGAGAAAUAUUUUAAGGCAUAUCGAGAAGACGAUGUGUAUCGAAAGAGGAGGAUAUUAGUUUUCCGACUAGGUUUCGGAUCGCUGCGAAUAAUUUGCAGUAUCUUUGUUACUAUUGUUACGAUAGAAUAAUCCAAUAACCACUUCAAUAUCCUACCAGUUAAUUCUGAAGGUAUAAUAUGUGUAUGUAGAUUAAUUCAUAUUUUAUCUCUACUCUUGAGUAUAAAAUUUGUGCCAUUAUGGAAAAUGGAAUGAUUCUUCGUAUCUCGCUGCAAUCAAUCACGGAGACACGAUUUCUUUUUUUCUUCAUUGCAAGAAACUCGUUCGGGAAAUUGUUUCAACAUCGGCAGAGAUGAUUCAAUGAGAAAGGAGAAUAAAUAACUUAAAUAUACAUAUAUAGAAUUUAAAUACGUAUUUCUCUACGUAAGCUCUAUGCAGGAUAUGUUUAAAAAGUGAGAUUAUUUUUACAGGUAUCGCGAGAGAUUGAUAUCACGACCGUAAAUAUACCAUAUACCAAUUUACGAGCGUACUUGAGUUAAAUAUAAUGAGAGAUAACGAGCGAUAGUCGAUAAGUUUUAGCAUUAACGCCGAUUAUUGCAUACGCAAACCUCGUCGUCGGACCGGUGCGAUCGACCCUCCCUUCAGGAAUUUCAUUUUAACGUGAUUAUAGGAGAUCCUCUGUUUGCUUUUGGAAUUAUACAAAUAAUAGCCUGUAAAUCUCGAAAGCGCUGAUCCCGAAGAUAUCUUGGAAAUAUUUUGGCCGAAAAUGAGCUUAUAGCUGAGAUAUAAGGAAAACCAUAUCAUAAAUGGUACGAACGUUACCACGCUGAAGGAUUUACAAAGUUCAAUUAUGCGUUAAUUAUUCACGAUGGGUUCUUCUCUCGGUUGGAAAAUACGCGAAACUCUAUCCGCAAUGGAUGAUCAUCAAGUCACGAGUGCACUUUGAAACGUAUUUUGACUGAGUUACCUAAUGCGAAACGCACUAAAAUCAAUCCGACAAUGAAGUAUUUAAGCCACUUCUUUGCAUCGCAGCACACUUCAAAAGUGCUCACUACCUCGGCUAUGUUAAGCGAUCUAUACUUUAUUGCGAAAUUAUCACUAAAGGGAUAUAUAUAUAUAUAUAUAUAU